AUGUCUAACAUCUAUCUCGGUGUCAUUGGCGUCGGUGGUGUUGGAACCGCAUUCCUGAACCAACUCGCCCGUCUUCCCAAUGCCCCCAAGCUGAUCCUCCUCGCCCGCUCAACACAGACCCUCCUGGCCCAGACACCGGCCUACUCCCCGCCAUCCCCGCUGUCCCCCUCGCUCACCAAGUCGGGCGCUCUGUCCCCCGAAGAGAUUGCUUCCUAUCUUUCCUCCGCCCCCGGCCGCUCCAUCCUGGUCGACAACACCAGCGACCCGGCACUGGCGAGCUCGUACCCGGUCUUCCUCCGCAAGGGCAUCUCCAUCGUCACCCCGAACAAGAAGGGCUUCUCCUCCGACCUCUCCCUGUGGAAGGAGAUCUUCGCCGCGGCCGCCGAGGGCAAGGCGCUCGUCUACCACGAGAGCACCGUCGGCGCGGGGCUCCCCGUCAUCUCGACGCUGCGCGAUCUUGUCGCAACCGGCGACGAGGUCACCCGCAUUGAGGGCGUGUUCUCCGGCACGCUUUCCUUCCUCUUCAACACCUUUGCCCCCGUCUCGGGUGCCUCCAGCGCCAAGUGGAGCGAGGUCGUCGCCCAGGCCAAGGAGCUGGGAUACACCGAGCCCGACCCGCGCGAUGACCUGAACGGCAUGGACGUGGCCCGCAAGCUGACCAUCCUGGCGCGCAUUGCGGGCCUCGAGGUCCAGGGCCCGGAUGCAUUCCCUAUUGAGUCGCUGAUCCCCGCCGAGUUGGCUUCGCUGCCUUCCACCGCGGACGGCAUCACGCAGUUCAUGACCGAACUACCUAAAUUUGAUGCGCAGAUGGCGGCCAUCAAGGAGGGCGCCGAGAAGCAGGGCAAGGUCGUGCGGUAUGUGGGUAGCGUGGACGUAGCGAAGAAAGAGGUGCGCGUGGGGCUGCAGCAGUUCGACAAGGACAGUGCCAUUGCGGGGCUCAAGGGCAGUGACAAUAUCAUCAGCUUCUACACCAAGCGGUACGGAAGCAACCCGCUGAUUGUGCAGGGCGCCGGUGCGGGCGGCGAUGUCACGGCCAUGGGUGUGACGGCCGAUCUCAUCAAGGUGAUUCAGCGAUUGGGUUAG